UCAUGGAUUAAUCUUGCUCACAGGUGGGCGGCUUUUUCUUUUAAAAUGAUUUUCUGUUGAUAUUUAUUCGGAAUAAGAUAUAUGAUAAUAGUAAGCAGAGUAGUUUACACAGAUUUACAUCAUUUCAAUUUCUCACACCUGACGAAGGGAAUUAAAAUUAGGGAAUAGAAGCAGACUGAUACUAUGAUGGGUAAAAAUGAGUGGCAUGAAAAUUGGGUUUAGGCUAGCAAGAGUUGGGUAAGUCUCCUCCAAACCAGUCAAUCUCCAGUCAUUAGUUUUCAGCGCCUCAAAACAACCCAUACCUCUGCUUGUAUGAGAUAGAAAGCUAGUGAGUUCUUAAUUGAUUCAUGCCGUUUUCGGUGUGAUCUCUAACUUAAACCUUUUACAACUUAAUCCUAUCUGAUUUACGUGGUACUUUAGUACUAGCAGUAUAUAUUCAGGCUAUCUCAAUUAGUGAAACUUACACUCCUUAUGUAGCCUUACAACGAGUAACUUCAUCUCUACUAACAAUAUUGUUCCAUGGGAGAAAAAACGACCACACAUUUUAUCAAAACCCGUAAUCCCUACGUAUUCUUAACCAUGUGAAGAUAUGCAACCAACAUAAAGAAAGUUAGUGGUCAAUCAUCGUAUCUGAUUUAGGUAUAUGUAACUCACUCACACCGUAGAUACUUCCGGCAGUCGACCAGCUUGCUAGAAACUUUCUCAUGAAAUUACCAAAGAUUUACACAUUUGAAUAUUAUGUAACAUUGACAUGCAGUAUGAAGUACUUUUCCUGAAAAUUAGUGCCCAUUUUAUGUGGUACAUUAUUGGAAAGAAACGACUCCUGAUGAACUCGUGGGUGCACUCUAUUGGAGAGUCCGAUUCAACUCAAAGAGCCUAAUUGGAGUCAAACACCGGGUAUACCUCUGACUGAGGAAUUCGGCGCCAAACAUGCUAAUUCCGUCUGUCGGUGGUGUUAUGAUCACUUCAAUGAUGUGGCUACCCAGCAAGCACUAUACUGGUUGAUAUGUGGGAUUGUUAUUCAACUACUUAUUCAUAUCCGUCAGUAGUAUAUAAAAUCGUGGCACCUUAUUUGUUUAUUGUUUUUACCAUACUGAUAAUAUAUUGUGCUGUUUUUCUUUCAUCACUUUCUAAUUAUGCUGUAGACAGGGAGUUAGCGUAUAUGGGACUGUGAUUUUAGAAUCAACUGAGUGUGAUGGAUUUCAAGGCGUCUUCGUUAAUCCCACAGAACAGCAUCAUACUGCUACUGCUGCUGCUGCUACUAUUACUGAUAAAACAAGAAUAAGUAGUUAUAAAGAUUUCGCUGCACGAUUGGAUUAUAUAAGACGAGUAGUUGGUUUCGAAGGCUGGUUUAUAAAUUUUGAAAUAAACUUACCCAAGGAUAAAGUGUCUUUAGUACGUGGUCGAAUUAUAAAAUUUCUACGAUUGCUUAAAAGUCUUGGCUCGGAAGUUAUCUGGUAUGAUGCAGUCACUUGGUCUGGUCGCCUGGACUUUCAGAAUGAAUUAACCCGUGAAAAUCUGCCAUAUAUGAAAGCUGCUGGGGAUGGUUUGUUUCUUAAUUACAACUGGGGGCGUCAUAAAUUACAAAGAACACAAGAACUUGCUAUUAAUGCAGCGAUGUCAACCAAAGUCUACGUUGGUAUUGAUUGUUUCGGUCGCGGAUGUAUUGGCGGAGGGGGCUUCGGUACAGUUGAAGCUCUCAAACUUAUCUUAGACGUCAAUGCUUCCAAACCUGACCGCCCUUUGUCCGUUGCUUUAUUUGCGCCUGGUUGGGUAUUUGAAAACUGUGAUUUAACUAGCGCGGCGGGUGAUCCCACUAAAGCUUUCAACUGUUUAGCUGAAAAUGAUACAAAAUUUUGGUUGUUACUGGCACCGUAUAUCGCUUCUCUACGUGGUCGUGGUAAUCUUAACAACAGUUGUACUAUGCUGCAUCGGCCUACACUUCCACGUCUGCCAGUGAUUCAGUCUCCUUGUGAUUUAUGUGAUAAAUAUGGAUCAGAAAUAUUAUUCUGUACAACAUGUUGUUCUGGGCAGGGAUUAUUACCCCCAUCAGCGAAUUCAUGUGUAGUUAUAGGUGGUGAUAAUAGUGAAGCUAUUUUAAAGAAAGGAAGUCAAAUGAGUCGACAGCAAAUAUUUCCAACUUGUCGUGAGCUGAACAACACAUUGUCGACCAAGGAUAAUUGUUUGUUGAAUCCAACUUUCACUGCAGUACAAGUACUAUGUGCAGGUUAUGCAGAUUUCACUGGAACAUGUUUAUGCAUAAAAUUUCAAAGUAUCAAUCUAUCCGAUCAAAAUGUUAUCGAAAAAAAAUCUUCACUUAUGGAAUUAUUUUUAUUCAAUAAGAAUGUGUAUAUUUCUAAGAAUGCCCAAUUCACAAUAGCUGUUAGCGGUUUCUAUACAUCUUCAGAUGGAGUUUCUGCAUCACAUGAUCAGCAGCAUGAACAGCGAAACCAACGGUUAGAUGAAUUAAUAGAUUUGAAAUUGUUUGUUGAUGCGAUUCAUUGUCAGUCGUGUCAGUCAGUACGCAAUUAUAAUAUUAAUGGUGAUAAUCAAAGUCAGGUGAAUUUCAAGCGUUCAUUUCUAAAAGCUGAUGAAGCCAAAGUUGAAUUCAUCAAUAAUGUCCCUUGGAUAUUACUUCAUUAUAAGGCUUCCAGUCUUGCAAUGGAUAAUGCAAAUGAUGUCAGGAGUAAUAGUGACAAUGCAAAGACGUCCGUUAAACAGCCGAAUAUAUCUCCAAUAUCGUCACAAUCCGCGCCUGAUAAGGCUUUCACAACAUCUAAUACUAGUAAUGAAAAUCCAGAAGUGUCACUGUCAGUGGCUUCUCCAUCACACUGUCUCCACUUGCAUCGUAUCGGUUUAACAUGGAGUUCUACUUCAGUGCCUUUUGAAAUUGGAUCCAAUUUGUCACGUCAUCAACUGAUUGGUUUUUUGCUGGGCAUGGAGAAGGAGGGUGAGCGCGUGGGAGCAUGGAUUCGACAUUUUCUGAAUUCUUCUUCGUACCUCCAACUGACAAGUAUAUGUAAAACACCGAUACUUCAUCAUAGUCGUCCUGCAAAUGUCAUUUCAAUAAUUCAGUCAUGUCAUCAUCCUUAUUCUUCUUCCCAUUCAUCGAAUUCUACUAAUGAUAAUCAACUCUCUGAUGGGAAUUAUGGUAAAGCUGCUACUAGACUUCGUUUUCCUAUACAACCAAAACCUUAUAAAUUAAGACGGGGUGAAGGGGUUGGUGGUGGACCAACUGGUCGUAUUAUGUUACUUCGACGGUAUGUAUCAAAACUGCUAGAUGAUGAACGAAUUGAAUUAUCAUGGUCACAUGCUGUUGAAACACGUCUUUACACAGAACGUUUAAUACAAGAAUGUAUACUAGCUUCAUCACAAGAACAACAUAAAGGUGAUCUUGUCCGAUUGUUUGAAAUGUGGAAGAAUUCACCAGAGAAGGAGACGAUAGAAGACCAACAACAUGAAAUCAAUCAUGUGAACACGGGAAUUUUAGAGUUGUGUGCAUUUUGGUUGAAUGAGGAAAGACUAAUUGAAAAAUUAUUUAAGGUAUUUAUACCGAGAUACCGAUUUUAUGAACGUGCUUACACUAGCCUAUAUCGUAUACACUCGCCAGUGUAUCCAAGGAAAUCACGUGGUGGGGAUGCAUUUGGUAUAUUAGAACUACAUGGGAAUCCAUGGCCACCGGUUAAUGGUCAUGGCAUCUACGGAAGAGAUUUAAAUCCUGAACCGUAUAAAGAGAAGUAUUUAAUUAAUGUUCUGUUGAAUGCUGCUCGUCAAAGGGGAGCAGUCAUCAGUAGUGAUGGUAAGAAAGACAAGCAAGAGAAUAGUCCUUCUGUUCAAAUGUUGUCAACCACGUCAACACCAUUUGCGUAUGAAUUGAAGCCUGUUGGUUAAAUGACUAGUUGUAUACAAACAAACACACACACACACACAAACUUACAUGCACAUUCAUUUAUUAUUUAAAUGGUUUGUCAUUGUACCAUUUUUAAGCCUUUGUAAUCUAUGUACUGUAUGUAUAAAAUUUAUUUCAUUUUCUUAUUGUAUCUUUGAAAAGAAGGCGUGAAAAGAAGUGUAUAUGAUUCUUGUGUAUAUUCUUGUUAGAAAAAGUGAAAAUAAAAUCGGUUUUUACGGACUUUUUGAUGUUUUUUCUACUUAUUUUGUCACUAUUGUUGUUGUUGUUGAUGAUUUGUUGUCCAUUUAUUGCUGUUGUUGAAAGAAUAAAACUGUAGAUCAGAAUUUGCAUUUUGCAAGCCAAUAGAAUGGAGUCUAAUGGUGUCAGUUCAUCAGUUCUGACUUCUGUAUCAUAUCACGAGUUUUAGCGUGACUUCUAACAGCCGAAAUCAUCGGUGGGUAUUUGUUUUCGUACGCGAUAACUGACACUUGGUGGUGGAUCCCAUUGGUUAUAUUUCCUCACUGAUAGUAGUAGUAUUUUCGAUUCUUGAUCAAAUUUGAAACAGCACAUCAA